AUGCUCGAGAUUCUAUCAGAAACGAAGGACCCCACCAGGGUGCAGCCGCACCUCAAAAAGUGCUUCGAGGGCGUGGAUCGCCUCAGGUUUGAGGCGAACGGCGACAUCAGCGGUAUGGUCUCCAUUGAGGGCGAGCUCGUGCCACUGGCGACGCGCAUCCGGCCCGCCUCCGCAAACGGCGCAGUGGAGAAGUGGCUCGUGCAGGUUGAAUCCGGCAUGGUGGAGUCAAUGCGCCAGGUGGUGACGCAGGGCGUCGCGGCAUACGCGCCGGAGCGCAGGGGAGAGUGGGUGCUGAAGUGGCCGGGGCAGGUGGUUCUGGCCGUCACCGCUAUUUUCUGGACCCAGGAUGUCUCCGCAGCCAUCAGCGCGGGCGCGUCCGACCCGUCCGCCCUGGCGGGCUGCGCCGCGCGCUGCGGGUCUCAGCUGAACGAUGUGGUGGGGCUGGUGCGGGGGGAGCUGUCGCCCCUCAACAGGGCCACCCUGAGCGCCCUCGUGGUGAUGGACGUCCACGCGCGCGACGUCGCGGCGGCGCUCGCGGCAGAGGAGGGCGUCGCCGGCCAGCCGGGCUGCUUCAGCUGGACCAGCCAGCUGCGCCACUACUUUGAGGAGCAGAGGCCCGCAGAUGAAGCAUGCGGCUGGUGGUGA